GUAGAAGUUAAGGUCACUAGUAUAAAACGCCCAAGGUGCACCCCAUUUAAUUCCUCUCUUCAGUCAUAGGUCAUUUCAUUCAUCCUUUCGGGCGUGGUGCCAUACUUCACAAAGUUUCAGGUUUCUCACUGAUUACCUCAUUUUAGUUUAUAGUUGGAAUCACAGCAUAUGGUUGCAUUUUCAUUCAAGUUCAUUCAAGUAAUAUACACUAUCAUCAAUAGUUUGAAUUUUUCAUGAAAUUAUUGGGUCAACACAACGCUUUUUUACCAACAGUUCUCAAAACGUGAACACUAUGUGGUUAGUUACGCUAGGUUCUCUCUUUAAUCUGGUUAUGAACUUUGCCUGGUUGUUUUAAACUUUACAUUGUUUGCAGUUAUCACAUUUUGGGCACAUGCUUUCUAAGUUAUAUACUUUCUCAUUUCCGUUCAUAGGUUCUGGAGUCAUUGGAAUAAACUUCUGUCACUAAUUUCAAACCUAAUCCAAUCUCGACCAAACCUGUUCACAUUCAAGGAGGAUACCUACUAACUUGCCUUAAAAUAUGCAGAAUUUCUCCCAUACAAUAUGGAUGGGUGAUCUGGAACCUUACAUGGAUGAAAUGUUUAUUAAACGAGCCUUUGAAACAUCAGGUGAAAAUAUAGUGAGUGUAAAAGUUAUCCGAAACAAGGCGACUGGGCAAACUCUUGGUUAUGGUUUCAUAGAGUUUGCUAACUCAACAUCUGCGAGAGAUGCAAUGCUUAAGUUGAAUGGCAAGCUCAUUCCUGGAGCCCCUACCAGAAGAUUUAAACUUAAUCACGCUAGUUACGGGAAAGAUAGCACUUCUAGUAAUGAAUGUUCGUUAUUUGUUGGUGAACUAACAGAAGAUGUUGAUGAUCUUGCUUUAUUCAAUGCUUUUAAAAAAUACCCAACAUGCCGUUCAGCUAAAGUUGUGAUGACAAAUGGCAAGUCUCGUGGAUACGGUUUUGUUCGUUUCCUCACUGAAUCUGAUAUGGAUAAAGCGUUGAUUGAAAUGCAAAAUUAUUGUGGUUUAGGCUAUAAACCGAUUCGAGUGAGUCUUGCUAUUCCGAAGCGUUAUAAUGCAGAUGGAAGUCUGGUUGUUACUACAACAGCAUCUGAGACGAGUUCAGUGGUUCCAAGUGGUAUGCCCGAUCCAUUCACUGCUGCAGUUGCGGCUGCUGUAACGGGGAAUUCUGCAGCUCAAGCAGAAUAUUAUCAAGCUUAUCAACAAUACUAUCAACAGUACUAUGCUUCUCAAUAUGCAGCCCAGUUUUAUUCCAGUGAAUCAUCUACAAAUGGCGACUUAGCUAAUUCUGGAAUAACAUCGAUUGCCGGUGGUGGUACGCUUGUAGGCGAUGCUACAGUUCAACAGCAUGCAUUCGUCGAUGCUGCUGCCUCACAUUUAUAUGCUAGAGCACUUCAGCAAGGCACCGGCUCACAUGAAUAUGCCCCAGAGCCACAUGUUUUAUCAUCAGCUUGUGAUCGUCCACGACAUGUAGAUGAUUUAGAUGAAGUGUUCAAUUUUCUAGAAGCAUCACGAUGGCAUGUCACUGAUCCAUCAUUGGGAUUAUUUAUUAAAAUAAGACCAUAACUAUUUAUUCACCUUUAUUGUUCCUGUUUUUAGUAAAGUACGUUGUAUUUUUAUAAGUUUGAACAAAGUAUAUUGAGUUUUCUUUUUUUUUAAAAAGUAUUGGGACUAUGUGAUGUAAAUACAUUUCAUGUAUAUGU